AUGCAGCGCCCGCCGAAGGUGAACAUGGCAUCGGCGCACGUGCGGCAGUUCUCGAGCUACCUGCAGUGGCAGCAGGGGCAGAUCGCGACGGACGUGGGCGUGGAUCCCGAGAAUAUCGUGUACAAAUUCACCUUCGCGAGCAACGGCUUUGCGGCGAUGCUGACGGCCGCGGAGGCGGAGCAGCUGCGGAAGCACCCCGCGGUGGAGCGCGUGACACCCGCGUUCGAAGUCACCCCGCUGACGACGCACUCUCCGAGCUUCUUGAAGCUGCCCACGUCGCUGUGGCGCGCGAACGGCGGCGAGAAGAGCGCGGGGCGCGGCGUGGUGAUCGGCGUGAUUGAUAGCGGCAUCUGGAUCGAGCACCCGUCGUUCGCGGACGGCGCGAGCGGGAAUGGCUCCUCGGCGUACUCCGCGCCGACCAAGUGGGUCGGCAAGUGCCAGACCGCACCGGACUUCCCGCGCUGCAACAACAAGGUCAUCGGAGCGCGCGCGUUCAACGGCGGGUUCGUGCGCUACCGCGGCGCGAUCGACGGAACGCUGGACUACCUGUCGCCUAGAGAUUCCGUCGGUCACGGCUCGUGGUGCGCGAGCGCCGCGGCGGGGAACUCGGGAGUUAAAGCCGUGAACAACCGGCGGCAGGCGAUCGGCGCGACGAGCGGGAUGGCGCCGCGCGCACGGCUCUCGGUGUACAAGGUGUUUUGGAAGGCGAAGGGGGACAUGAGCGGCUCGGCUUCUAGCGUGGAUAUCGACGCCGCGAUCGACGCGGCGGUGGCGGACGGCGUGGAUGUGAUCAGCAUGUCGCUAGGCGGAGUUAAUCCGUACGCGGGGUACUUCGACGACACUAAUUUCCUCUACGCCAAUCAGGCGGGCAUCGUGGUGGUGUGCGCGGGCGGCAACAACGGCCCGCCGCCACUGACGCAGUCGAUAUACCGCACCAUCAUGCACUUCUCGCCCUUCUACCUCACCGUCGGCGCCAGCUCCACGGACCGCCACUACACGUCGAAGCUGCGGCUCGGCACGGGCGUGAACCUGUGGGGCGCGGGGUUCGGCACGGGCACGCGCAAGGUGCGCGGGCUGCCGCUGCUGUUCGCGCAGAACGCCGUGGCGUACGGCAACACGGCGACCGACGCGAAGCUAUGCCUUCCGGGUACGAUCGACUCCGCCAAGGCGAGCGGGAAGAUUCUGGUGUGCACGGCGGGGCAGGCGUCGUUCGGCACGCAGGCGGACACGGCGGCGGGCGCGGGCGCGAAGGCGAUGGUGCUGGUGAACGAGGCGGGCGGGGGGGACGUGACGCUGGAUAUCUACGACGCGCGCAUCCCCAUCCUGCACCUCGCGGUGAAAGAGGCGGACAAGCUGCGCAAGUACAUGCGCGCGACGACCAAGCCCGUCGCGUCCUACUCUGCGUCCUUCUCAGUCUUCUUCAACCGUAUCGCGCCCGCAGUCGCGCCCUUCUCAGCGCAGGGCCCCGUCGUGAGCCCCUCCUCAGACCCCCGCAUCCCCGGCCCCACCAACGACAUCCUCAAACCCGACAUCCUCGGCCCAGGCCUCUUCCUCUGGGGCUCCACCUCACCCGUCGCGCCCUUCUCAGCACAAGGCCCCGUCGUGAGCCCCUCCUCAGACCCCCGCGUCCCCGGCCCCACCAACGACAUUCUCAAACCCGACAUCCUCGGCCCAGGCCUCUUCCUCUGGGGCUCCUCUCGCAGUAGCAGCACCAAGGCAGGGAGCAAGCCCGGGUAUGACAUGCUCAUGGGGACGUCCAUGGCGGCCCCCCAUGUGGCGGGGAUUGCGGCGCUGCUCGUGCAGAAGCGGCCGAAGUGGUCCCCCGCGCAGGUCAUGUCGGCGAUCAUGACUACGGCGAGCAAUGUGAAUAAUAAAGGGGGCCCGAUCGGGAGGUUUGUGAGCGGGGAGAAGGCGAAUCCGUUUGAGAUCGGAUCCGGGCAUGUGAACCCGCCGAAAGUUUCGGACCCCGGGCUGACGUACAACCUCGGGCUGGGCGAUUAUUUGAAUUUUUUGGCCGGGCAGAAUCUGACCGAGGUGCAGGGGUGGAAGAUUAAGCCAGUGAAGGCGAUUCCGGCGUAUAAUUUGAAUUUGCCGUCGAUCGCGGUAUCGCGGUUGCGAAAGGGGGUGGUGGUGAGGAGGACGGUGACGAACGUGGGAGCGGCGGCGGCGACGUACCGAGCCAAGGUUGUUGCUCCGGAGAAUGUGCGGGUGGUGGUUUCGCCGAGCCAGUUUACGGUUGGUGUGGGGAAGUCGGUGACUUUUACAGUGGGGUUUACGGUGGUGAACCCGACGGGGAGCUUCUCGUUUGGAAGCCUGACGUGGGAGGAUGGUGCGGGGCAUUCAGUGCGGUCCGUGCUAGCUGUCCAGCCGAUUGCCAAGUGA